UCCAUGGAAAUGCCCACCAAGAAGCUAUUAACCAUAACUUCUUCUCUUGUUCAAGAUUCCAUAGAAAUGCCUACGAAGAAGCAGAAUUCUGGUGAUGAUGUUGGAUUCAGCGACCUUCCAGACGAAGUUGUUCAUCACAUUCUUAAUUUCAUCGAGAUGAGGGACGUUGCGAGACUAAGCGUCGUAUCAAAAAGAUGCCGAGAGUUGUGCAUUUCAAACCCUAGUUUGUGUUUGAGUAACAUCAGCUCCAUAUCAGGUGGACCUCGCUUCAACAGCUAUGUGGAUAGGUUCAUGGCUCUCCGCUGCUUGCACGGGGUGAAGACGGAGCGCUUUGGGCUCCGUUGGUCUUUCGAAGGAAGCAUUGAUCAAGACGAAGAAUACUACCGGGUGGAGACGUGGUUUCAGAAUGCAGUAAACUUGGGCGGCGUUGCACAAGUUCACCUUAAAUUCAUUCUCUCCAGUCUUCAACACUUUGGCUUGCCCCCUUGUCUUCUGCGUUGUAAUUCGCUAACUUUCCUUGACGUCGAUGCCGGGUAUGCCUUUCUCAAAUUACCCUCAGCUCCUCCCUAUUUUGCUACAAAGCUCCGGACCUUACAAUUACACCACGUUCAAAUCGAAAACGACUGCAAUUUGGGAGAAAUGAUUUCAUCUUUCAAGUCCCUCAAGGUAUUGAGGCUCGACAAAAUUAGCGGGAUAAAGGGUAUGACUAUCACCAACUCGUCUAUUGAGAUUUUGUCAAUUGUAAGCGUUGAUCGUCAGCUCUGCGAUGUUGAGAUUCAGCAGCUACACAAACUCUAUGACCUUAAUCUAGUCUGGAUUCCCAAACCCUCUAGUAGAACCUCACUGAAAAUCUCUGCUCCCAAUCUCCAAAAAUUUCAGUGGACUGGAUUUUUUAUCGAUGACUACUGUAUGAGGGAUUCGCCAGAUCUUUUGCAGGCCCUAAUUGGUCUUCAUCUACCUACUCAAUCGAGAGGGAAUCAAGCUUCUACCAAACAUAACUUGGUUAAGAUUCUUCACAGCAUGCAAAAGGCUAGACAUCUAAAACUAACUGAUUGUUUUGUUGAGGCUUUACUUAAGCAUGGUUGCUUGCCAUUUUCAUUUGAUAGUGUUGAGGAGUUAACUUUGGUAAGAACUUCAUCAAGUGUUGACCAAGUCCUACCUUUGUCCGCCAUUCUCAGAGGAACAACUAAUCUAAAGUUUCUCAAUCUAAAGUUUAUUAAUAGUGUGAAAAACUCAAUGCCUUCGGGAGAGCUUCCAUUUAAGAUGGGAUAUUGGCAAUCUCAAAACUUCAUGUUUAUUCAUCAACUGAAAAAAGUAGUGGUCCAGCUUUUUGAUAGAGAGAAUGAAAUAGAACUAAUCAAAUAUUUGCUCACAAAUGCACAAGAAUUGGAAUUGAUGCUCAUUUUCUAUACAUCACCAGUGUCAUCAAAUGUCAUUACUGAGUUAAGAAAGUUCAAGAAGCCUUUAACAAAAUUGAGUCUACGUUCAAUCAUACGAUAAAAUGGGCCAGCUGUGUUUGUUGGCAAGGACAUCUACCUUUGGCUUGAUCAUUGGCAUCCAGCUGCAGCUGGGGUACUUUAUCAAAUGUAUGGCUCACGGGUUAUCUAUGAUGCAGGAAGUAUAUGGUUGUUGUGAUGCAGAGUAUGCUCUGCACUUGUUCCAGUUUUACUAAAGACAAUUGUAAAGUAGGUUUUGAUAGUAAAAAAAUAAAAAUAGAACUUUUGGGCAUGUUCAUUAGACUAGGAAUUGUCAAUUCAUAUGGAUUUGUAAAAAGCUUAGUUCAUUUGACAGGGAGAGCCCAAUAAUCCAUCUUUGUUGUACAUGCCUGAGAAUUUCUCAGCUAAAUAUAUAAUGAGCAUAUGG